AUGACCUCCGAGAAAGAACCAGACUACGUGACUCUGGUCUCGAAUGAUGGCUACACAUUCAUCGUCCGUCGCUCCGCCGCCUACAUCGCCGACGUCCUCAAACGCGCUUUGAGUUCUUCCAACGGCAUGGGAUUCAGAGAAGCCGGAGCAAAUACAUACCAUUGCGACACGAUCAACGGUCUUGUCCUCGAAAAGGUUUGCGAAUAUCUCUACUAUCACGAGAAGCACAAGGAUGCGAGAGAUGUGCCUGAUAUGGAUAUUCCGCCGGAGCUUUGCUUGGAGCUGCUCAUGGCUGCCGACUAUUUGAAUGUCUGAAACCAUCCCUUCUCUCGUAAUACCCUCGAUUUAGCUUGGCGCUUGGAGAGCUAUUGCAGUUCUCAUGGUAAAUAGCACCUCGGACGAAGGGCUCUUACACAGUAAGAACCGCCUUUGCCGAGCCUCCGCACAGCACACGCUCGAAGCCCCAGCAUGGUGCUGAAGAUCGUGCUGUUGCAUCGAAGCAACACCCUCUGGAGCACAGCGUUCACAUCUUCAUUAAGCUAGACCUGGGAAUUCCCAUUUAGCUUAGAAGGCUCGCCAUCGACCAACCCAGAUGCCACGAUUUGCAGCUGCUCGUCAAAUGCGCUCCUACUCAUCACAGCUCCAAAGCCCUGGCACUGGCAGAGUGCAGCAAGCGGGACUUUCAAAGCAUUCAGGGCAGGGCGAAGAUACUUUGUUUCGGGCACAGAUUCUUUGAUUGCGGAGUACGCUUGCGCUGGAGUAAUCCAUUCGUCAUCCAAAGGUAGAUUCUCGCUCAAUCUCACAAGUCUAAGACGAGUUAGCCAUGCACUCUGCUUGUGUGG